AUAAGUAGAGGCCCCACCAAAAAGACAGACACACAUCUGUCACAGGAAGAUUGCUUGUAUCCCAUUACUCCAGCUACAGAGGACUUCGGACUGAUCAUGGCAUUCGGUGGUCUCCUGAGUGAAGCUGACAUCGCCUCUGCUCUGCAGAACUGCCAAGCUGCUGACUCCUUCAACUUCAAAACUUUCUUUGCCCAGUCUGGUCUGAGCAGCAAGUCUGCAGCUGAUGUGAAAAACGUCUUUGCCAUCCUUGAUCAGGACCAGAGCGGCUUCAUUGAGGAAGAUGAACUGAAGCUGUUCCUCCAGAACUUCAGCGCCGGUGCCAGAGCUUUAACUGAUGCUGAGACCAAGGCCUUCCUGUCAGCUGGAGACUCUGAUGGUGAUGGCAAAAUUGGAGUUGAAGAAUUCCAGGCUUUGGUGAAAAACUAAUUUUUUAAAACCUGAAUCUUUAAAACAUAACAAGGUUUUUGCAUUAAACGGAUACAAGUGAACCUGGUUUAGUGGAACACAGACACCUCUUCAAUAUUUCUCCUCAUGGGACAAGUUGUGAUGUCAUCAUCCAGUGGGAUCCAUUUAUUUAUCCACCAGAGAAGCAAGUUAAACCAACAUAUUUAUUCUCAUUUUUAUACUAAUAACAUUGUCCAUCGUUUACACUGCUGAGACAUUUGCAAGUCCAUACUCUUGCAAUUCUUGCUUCAGUUUCCUUCGGACUGAAGCAGGCAUAAAAAAUAUGUAAUUGUUCUCAAUAAAUCAAUUUUGGAACCAA